AUGAACGAUAGCAACAAAAUGUUUCAAAACAAAAAAAAUGCAUUCGAUGAUUCUAAUACGACAAUAAUUAAUAGUAUGGAUUUAUGUAUUAUUGAUGAACAAAAUUCUCAAACAUAUGAAAUAAAUUACAAUAAAAAAAUUCUUGAAUCCGAUGAUAAUGAUUCAAAUAGACCAACAUUUGAUGACAUUAUUAAACUAGAUGAUACAUCAUUAUUAGUUGUAGGUGAAUUAGAAGAUGAUGAAAUUGAUGAUAAUAAUAUAUGUCAACAAGAAAUAUAA